AUGCUGCGUCGUUCGCUCUGCCGUCUCGGGCUGAGCCGGGCCUACCCCAUUAUCGAUCACACCUACGACUGCGUCGUUGUCGGCGCGGGGGGCUCCGGGCUGCGCUGCGCGAUGGGCGUCGCCGCCUCGGGCUACGACGUGGCCUGCGUCUCCAAAGUCUACCCCUCCCGCUCCCACACCAUCGCCGCGCAGGGCGGCAUCAACGCCGCGCUCGCGAACUGCGAGGAGGAUGACUGGCGCUGGCACGCCUACGACACGAUCAAGGGCUCCGACUGGCUCGGCGAUCAGGAUGCGAUCCAGUACAUGUGCCAGGAGGCCGCCUCGGUGGUGUCGGAGCUGGAGAGCAUGGGGCUGCCCUUCCUGCGGACCCGGGAUGGGUUUAUCUACCAACGCGCCUUUGGCGGGCAGUCGAUUCACUAUGGCGGGAAGCAGGCGCGGCGGACCUGCGCGGCGUCCGAUCGCACCGGCCACGCCAUGCUUCACACCCUUUACGGCCAGUCCUUUCAGUACGGCGUGAACUUCUUUAAUGAGUACUACGCGCUGGACCUGAUCAUGGAGGAUGGGUGCUGCCGUGGUCUGAUCGCCAUGAGCAUUGACGAUGGUACUAUUCAUCGCUUUAAGAGUAAGUACACGGUGUUAUGCACGGGCGGUUAUGGCCGCGUGUAUUUCACCACCACCAGUGCCAAGAGCUGCACCGGCGACGGUACCGCCAUGGUCGCACGGGCGGGCCUCCCUUCCGAGGAUUUAGAGUUCGUGCAGUUCCACCCGACGGGAAUUUACGGCCCCGGUGUGCUCAUCACGGAGGGCUCGCGUGGUGAGGGCGGUUACCUCAUCAACAGCGAGGGGGAGCGUUUUAUGGAGCGUUACGCGCCCAAGGCGAAGGAUUUAGCGAGCCGUGAUGUCGUCUCACGGGCGAUGACGCUAGAGAUCCUCGCCGGCCGCGGCUGUGGGCCGAAGAAGGACCAUGUCCUACUGCAACUCCACCACUUGGACCCGGAGACGUUGCACAAGAAGCUGCCGGGCAUCUCGGAAAGUGCCCACAUCUUUGCCGGUGUCGACGUCACGAAGGAGCCGAUCCCGGUCGUGCCCACCGUUCACUACUCCAUGGGCGGCGUGCCGACGCAAUGGACUGGAGAGGUGGUGAGCCCGCGAAACGGCGACGAUGACGCCAUCGUACCCGGGCUGCUGGCGGCCGGCGAGUGUGCGUGUGCGAGUGUGCACGGGGCCAAUCGCCUUGGCGCGAACUCGCUGCUCGACAUCGUUGUAUUUGGGAAGUCAUGCGCGAACACCGUGAUUUUCAACCUUACCAAGGAGAAACGCAUACAGCCCGACCUGAGACCGGACGCCGGCGAGUCUUCCAUUGCCGACCUCGAUCGAAUUCUACACAACAAGGGUGACAUCCCCAUCGCGCGAAUCCGGGAACGCAUGAAGGAGACAAUGGCCCUGUACGCUGCAGUAUUUCGCACCGAGGAGAACCUCGCGAAGGGCAAGGCCAUCAUUGAGGAGUGCUACCGGGACUUUAGCCACGCGCUUGUGCAUGACAAGUCGCCUGUGUGGAACAGUAACCUGAUCGAGGCCCUGGAGCUGAGGAAUUUGCUCACGAAUGCUCUGCUAACCGUUACAGGUGCGUUGGUGCGGAGGGAGAGUCGAGGUGCCCACGCACGCGACGACUACCCCGAGCGGGAUGACGCUAACUGGAUGAAGCACACUCUUGCGUACCUGGACGACGCAAAGGGGACCGUCCGAUUAGCUUACCGUUCGGUGCACACAUAUCCGCUAACCAAUGAAAUUGACUACGUACCACCGGCCAAACGUGUUUAUUGA